UCAGCCACUUUAAAAUAAGGUGAUGGUAAUCUUAAUACCAAUCUACUUAACACAACUGGACUUCAUAUCGAAAUAAAUAGAUUCCGUUUAAACGCUCUUAGAUUCAAUUAAGUUCAUCAUUUCAUUCUCAAGAGAAUUUUCUGCUAAAACAAACCAUACUUUUUCCGCUUAAAAUUAACUGACUUCUCAAUAAUUCUAUGUGUUAACUUAUUGAUUCAAUAAAAUUUUCUUGAAAAGGUGCAUCAUUUUAAAUUAAAUUGAACAUCUCCUUAAACAAAAGUCGCCACUUAUACAUACAUGCAGUGAUAAAAACGUUCCAUGCUACCGUGCAAGAGGAUCUUUGCAACAACAAAAAAAAAACAGUUCCAAUCAACCCAUCUACCUAUGAAUUUAAGAAGAGAAUCAUUUUAAACUAAGGGGAACAUCUUAAAACAGAAUUUUUGGUUGCUUUUGGUUUUGUCUUUGCAACAGUGUGCAUGUUCAUGUGUAUGUAGGUACGGUAGACAAACUAACGGAUUUUUCAUUAAAUGAAGUGGUGACUCUCUAUUUUAAGCAGAUGUCCACAUUAAUUUAAGUUGUGACUCCUUUUUUUAUAAGACAAUUUCAUUGUUUUUGUUAGUUUUGUUGCAUCUUAUACUCGUUCAGUAGUCGCAUUGUGUUUUUAUUCUUUUUCCAGUGAAGUGUUGAAGUUUUAUUAAAUAACUUAAGUGACUAAAAAUGUCGGAAAACAAUGAAGAAAAUAUGAUAUAUCAAUUUGUUUAUACAACUGGCGAUAGUGCAAUCGAAGGCCUUCUUUCUGAAUGGGGUCUAUGUGAAAAUUCGAUUGCACUGCUUCAUGCGCAAGGAGUCGAUCAAAAUAUACUCUGCAAAAUGGAGCGUCAUGAUAUUGAAGUACUUUUUUCAAAGGUUAAUUUAGAUUUUCGGGAAUAUAUUUUGUUUAAAGACGGAUUGUUAAAUUGGCGCAUUUCACAGGGCAAACCGUUGUCAGGACCAAGUUUAGUUGAUCGAGACACACUCUCAAUGUCCAAAUCUGUUACAAGUUGGCUGGAUAAUUUAAACCAGUCUUCAUCACCCUUAACUUCUUCUUCUGAAACACUGAAUCUCAUAGAUGUACUGAAUAUCGAAAGUGUGUUACAAAAAACGAUAAAGGGGCAGAUCAUAAUUGAGUUUUACAAGAAAAAUAACAUCUUGGAUAAUAAAUGUCAAAAGGACUUGGUCCAAUGCAUAGUAGACGAGUGCCUAAACAAGAGAGUUGUCUUAAAUUACAAAUUAAUGCAACAAAUUUCAGAAAGUAUUGUUAGACUUUCCAACGGAGAAAAAGGUAUGUAUAAUUUUUUACUUGCGAUAAACAACGUACUUUAG